GCUGUUUGACAGUCAGCUGAAGGCAAAGGAUCCAAGUAGUGAUGAAGAAUUACUGGUAUACUCCUCUCUUCAUCUUCAUCAUACUUUAUGGAACUGGCCAAUCCAAUAACAUACAAACAGAAGAUCUUUCAUGUGUGAGCGACUACUUGACAAAGAUUUCUUGUGUGUGGCGAAGCUCUACAAAUUACUCCGGCCAGCGAUGUGAGCUUGUGGCAAUCAAAGACGAAAAAAGAUGUGAGCUGGUGCCACUGAGCAGUCAAUCACAUUCUACCAGAAGUUGUUUUAUAACCUACGGAGAAAAUCACUUUUUUUUCCUUAAAAAAAUCUGGUUGAGUGUAACCUGUAAUGGAUCUGUCAGAACUAAUCUGCAUUUUCACCCUGGCCGACACAUUAAGACGCAACCACCAGAUAAACCCACUGUAAGCAGGGAUAACAUAACUUGGAGUAAAGGCAGUAACUUUCCACAAGACAUAAAGGAGUAUGAAUUCCAGUUGCAGUUUAAAGCCACACAUACAAGCUGGGAGAUGGCAAGACAUUGGAAUAUCUCUCAUGAAAGUUACGUGCUGCUGAACCAUCAUUUCCUGACUGUAGGAGAAGAGUACCAGGCCAGGGUGCGUGUGAAGCCUGUUGAACCCAUAAAUAGUGGUUACUUUCAGGGGGAAUGGAGCCACUGGAGUCCUGCUGUGUCCUGGAGGUCUGAGAUUGGAAAGCCAUUAGUGAAACCAGGGGAUGAAGAAUCAUCCCAAGUGCCUGAUGAUAUGCGUGUAGUUCUGAUCAUUGGCUUCCAUGUCUUGCUUGUUCUCUCUGGUCUUUCUUUGGUCAUCUAUAAGAUAAAGAAAAGCAACCGGUUAUUAAAACCAAACCAUCAACAUGUUCCAGACCCAUCCAGAUAUUUCCAGCCUCUUCACACCGUUCACGGUGGAAACUUCCAAAAUUGGCUGGGCUGUCAAAAUUCAGACGGGCCAUUUCUUACCCCUCAGUCAUGUGACGAUAUCUUACCUGUAGAAAUCUCUGAUAUUUGGGACCUGUCCUUGUUGGAUCCGGACGCUCAGAUGUCUACUGCUGCGCUUGUUCACUCCAAUCAGAUGGACUCUGGACUUGAAAACAGCGGCACCAGCCAUGCUUCAUCAUCUGGUUUCUCUAACAUGGGCUACUUCUAUAGCAAAUCGCUUUCGGGCUCUCUUUACCUCGAAUCCUGCCCCGUGUACUUCACCUAUCACCCUGAGGAAGGCACAAGCUCCGCCCUCUCGUCGCCUGGGUCUUCAUAUGACUGUUUGCAAACCCCAAGUUACCAGAUGGAACAGCCGAUGAGCCCUGAUUCAGGGUUCGACAUACCUGGAGAGCAGAAUUGUGAGGAAGACCAAGAUGAUGAAGACCAAGAUGCCGAGGUGGAAGGACAUGCGCUGGUUUCUUUCAUUAUGUCACUGCAAGGUUCCCUCGGUGCUGUUCGCCCAGCAGAGAAUUUCGCUCCGGUGCCCAUCAUCACACCGUGGCCUGAACCUGUGAGAGCACCCAGCUGUAGUUCCACCUCUGAGCAUGCAGAGGGCGCUGUGGUCAGACCCUCCUCCCUGAUUGAGCCCUGCGGGAGUGGAUAUUUGACCCUGAAGGAGAUGCAGAAAUACAGCAACAAAUCCAUCUAAGCGCAGGUGCAGUCCAUCUCUGUCUGUAUAGGGGACACUGGUGCCUCUGGGUAGGUUCAUUUUUG